UCAUUUAUAUUUAAAUGAAAAGUGUAAAUUAAUAACACAUAUAUGUUUACAAAUAACUGGUUGGUUGCAUCCACUGACAUAUUAUUGGGUUGCAUACACUGGUCAUCAUUAUAAUUUAUUACGACAAGCAACAAUAGAUGCAAAAACACUACCAUCGAGUUUGGAUGAAUUUAUUUUUAAUUUUAUAUUAGUUGGAGUUGUUUCAGGCUCAAUGAUUAUGGCUUUAAUCCUAUUGUUGUGGGGUUUUCGAUUUGGUGGUUCAACAAGACGAAAUGACCUUGAAGUUAAAAAACAAUAA